AUGGGUCUUGAGGGAAGAUGUAAAUCCACCCCUAACAAGAAGGGACGUUGGACACGGAUGCGUGUUGCUAAAGUUAGCCUUGUGAUAUGUCCGUUUUGUCCAAUACUAUCUUUAAGCAGCUCAUCAAGCCCAUUCACGUUUCUGGUGUCACUAAUAUUCUUGGGAGAAAAGUUCACGUGGUUGAAACUCGUCAGUGUGCUUCUCUGUAUGUCUGGUACCAUAAUUGUGAGUCUUGGCGACUCAGAAUCAAACUCGACUGCAACAGCUAAAAACCCUCUUUUGGGAGAUGUUCUCUCGCUGAUGGUGUUUUACGCCGUCUACAUCACUCUUAUACGCAAGAAGCUUCUUGAUGAUGAUGAAAGAAGCGGCCGGUUCAGUAUGGCUCAGCUUCUUGGGUUUCUAGGGCUCUUCAACUUUUUUAUCUUCUUGCCUGCUGCUCUGAUACUAAACUUUACAAAGCGAGAACGCUUCAACGCACUAACCUUGAAACAGUUAAGUCUGGUGGUUGGCAAAGGUUUAUUAGAUAAUGUACUCAGUGACUACCUAUGGGCAAAGGCUGUACUUUUGACAACAACCACAGUGGCAUCGGCUGGGCUGACUAUACAGGUUCCAUUGGCGGCCAUUGUAGACAGCUUAUCAGGGAACAAACCAAGCUUCAUCGACUUCAUUGGUGCUGUAGCUGUAAUGGUUGGCUUUGCAGGAAUCAAUAUUCCUGCAGAGGUGUUUCACAGAUCCAAAGAGACAUCUAUUGAGUUAGAGCCUGUAACAUCGUUCACAGAUCCUCCUCAGAUUGUGUCGGAUAGCAUAAGAGUAGAUUCUUCAGAGACCCAAGUGUCCUAA